AUGCCCCUGGACUUCAACAUGUGCCAGGAAAAGGUUCGUGACAGAGUCAGGCGACACAAGGGCACUGCAGAUCAUCUCUGGAGGCUCCUGCGGCAGUUGCCGGCGGAGCGGCGCCGGGAGGUGCUGGAGCGUUGCUUCUCCGCGGAGCAGCGCCGAGCCCUCGAGCGCUGGGUCCUGGCCAAUUCCCGGGAGACGAGCCGGUCGCGUCCUGUAUCGCGGCGUCCGCGAAUGUCAACGCCGCACGAGGCCAAGGCCGCAAAGCGGAAGGCCAGGCCUGCAAUGCAGCCAUCUUCUGCUUUGCCCGGCAUUGUGCGCUACUUCCGGGGCAAGGAGCGAACUUGCUACUAUGCGGCGCAGCAGCACAUGGGCAUCGUGCGCAUGCUGUCCAAGACGGAGCGUUGCUUGGAGGCGGCGCAGCGGCACGGGGAGGUGCUGCGCAACGUGCGCCGCAAAGUGGCGGGGGACUUCGCGCGCUUCGGCGAGGCGAUUCGCGAGAGCUUGGCCGAGGCCGGCAACCCGCAGAUGGGCCUGCGCUUUGUAAUCCUCAUCAGGAUCCCCUGGAGCCGCGUGUCGUUGACCUCGCCGCCCUACCGCCUCUCACAGCUUGAGGCGGGGCUGCAGGCGUGGCGGCGCCUGGAGGCCGCGCGGCGCCGUGUCUUGGCGCUGGCGCACGGCGAGAGCUGGCGAGGACGAGCCUCGGUGCUGGCCGAGGGCUUGCCUCCUGCCUGGCAGCAGCUACGGGAGGCCUACCUGGCCGAGAUGCCCGAAAGCUCGGCCCAAAGGCGGGCGCAAGCGCGGCUGCGGCUGGCGGAGGCUGACCUGCAGCUUCGCCUGCAGAAAGAGCUGAAGGCCAAAGUGCAGGCAGGCAGAGUACCGGAGAAAGACUCCGAGCAGAAGGCUAGGCGCCUGCAGGCAGGCAGAGUACCGGAGAAAGACUCCGAGCAGAAGGCUAGGCGCCUGCAGGACUUGCUGCGGCGCUGGUCCCCUCACUGA